AUGGAGUUGGAAAAAGAAUUUCAAGAUUUUUGCGGAACUCUAAGAAAGGAAAAAUUUUCCGACCGGGAAAUUCAAGAAAUUUGCAAACCUCUGUAUCGUUAUCAACGUAAAGAAAUUUUGAAAAAAUAUUGCAAAUUGCUGUUGGGUUGUUUUGUAUUCUAUGCUCUAAUACAGUGGUGUGAUUGUUUCAAUUGGUUCGUAUCGGCAUUGGGCAGAUUAGUUUUGAUACAAAUAUUACCAAUUUGGAAUUGGCCGGCACUCUAUAAUGCUAAAUGUUUAAUUGAACGUCCUUUGAAUAAUGAGAAUAUUCGAACUGGAAAUGAUGUAUCGUAUCCGGUGGUGGAAAAUGGAAAUUGUUUGCUGUGUGAAAAUAUUGAUUUCAUACCAACUGUCUCAAAUAUUACCUUCACAACAUUGGAAAAUCUAUAUCUUGAAAGUGGCAUACCUGUUGUGAUAACCGAUUCCCAUAGACCCAUAACAGCUGAUGAAUUAUUCGAGACAAUAUUCUACAAAACUCCCACAGCAUUUCUGCAAAGUUCCCCCUGUGAUACGUCCACAAAUUUAAUCAUAAAGAAAUUUUUUAAUAUUGAUCUCGUUUUGCGAAAAGCAUGGCAGCUAUUGGAUUCAUCGGAAAAAUGGUUCGUACAAAUGCGUAAUUGUCAAUCAUCAGCGGUACGAGCAUCACGUCUAUUUAUAACAAAACCUUAUUAUUAUCCCGUGCAUUUGGAACCAUAUUAUUCUAGUUGGUUUAUAAUGUCACAGAAUUUCGGCCAUCGGCAAUAUCAAAAAAUAACGCUUCAAGGUUUAAUAAUCGUACAACAACUAUCUGGUACGAAUAGUUUGAAAUUGAAACCCAAAAAACCUUGUGAUGAAAAUUGCCCCCUCAUAAAUGUCCAGCUGAAGGAAGGUGAAGGUUUCGUCUUUUCCAGUGAUUUGUGGGAGUUAAGUUAUAAGCAUAAUAAAUCAUAUCAGCAAGCAAGUGUAACAACUAUUAUGGAAAUCGAUUGGAAUGUUUGA